CUACCUCAUAGCGGCCCGCGCAUGCAUUGGCGCAGCGCUGCCUACCGAUGUCAAGAACUUCCUGCUGGUCACAACGUCCCAGGUGGAUGCGAAUGCGGAGCCUGCGGAGCUUCGAGCUGUAUCUGCAACUUCGCUCUAUGUAAGUGAUUUAUCCAUUCGCUUUCCCAUCUUCUUGCUUUGCACUUGGCACACGGCGGACAAAAACUGACGUCAUGCAGGACCCGUUCAACCAGCCCGCGCUCCUUCUGCGCCUCAUAGGCCCCGGAUACGGCUCUCUGCCCAACUUCACCCUCAAUGACGGCACCCUGUCUACGCUUGCGCAAGCACCCCAUGGCGGCGGACUGCUGCGGUAUAACAGCACGCUUGUGAAGGCGGGACAGGAACUGCGGUUUUUGGCGGCGGAGCAGCCAAAGGGCAAUAUCGCGUUGGAUGAGGGGUAUUUAUUGACUGUGGACGGGGAGAGGGAGGGAUGGACCAUAUGCGAGGGAGCGCUGACCACCGACGUCUUGAGCUGGAAGGGUAACGCAUCUGAUUGUACCAAGACGUAUCUGCAUGCCGUGACCAAGGCGCCGUAUUAGGAUUAGAAACUCGAUUGAACAAGGUCCAGCAUGGCACUUUUGCAUGGAGUUUAUCCCGCUCUGAAAACCUGUGCUGGUUCUCGGCCUUGCAGUGUUUUGCUUCAGUUCGGUAUCCAUGUCAUCCCGCGCCCAGGAGAAACGUGCGCCACCAGACUGUCUCGGCGUCG